CCGUCUCCAUUUCAUUUUGGGUACUUGGCGACACAAUUAGUGAUACAAUAUAGAGUUUGACGAUACUUUUCCUCUGCUUUUUCCAGAAUUUUCGUGUCCUCGUCGAAGAUGUCGGUUGAGUGUGACGGUGACAGUCUGACUUUCGCUAGCAGUCAGGACAGCGGGCCCGAAGAUGCGACGACGGAUGCGGGAGGAGAAGAGUGUCUCCAGUGCACUGUGUGCGCUAAAAUAUUUCGGUCAGGCGCUGGACUACUCCAUCAUGUCCGCCAAACCCACUCAGUGGAGCCGCCUUCGGAAUGCGCCGUGUGCAACAAGAAAUUCAAGAAUAUCGGUAGUCUUAAGAAGCACCUCUCCACCCACACAGAAGAGAGGCCCGAGUGCCUGGUGUGUCACAAGAAGUUUUCGCGAAGUGAUUAUCUGAAGGCGCACAUGCGUACUCACACGGGAGAGACGCCCUACGAGUGUACCAUGUGCACUGAGAAAUUCACGCACUAUGGUUCAUUGCGUGGUCAUAUCCGCACCCACACCGGCGAGCAACGGCAGAAGCCCCACGAGUGCACCGUGUGCAACAAAAAAUUCAGUUUUAAACGGUCUCUGGAAUGUCAUCUCCGAACACACACGGGAGAGAAACCUUAUGAGUGUACGGUGUGCAACAAGAAGUUUGCUAUUGAUUCAACUCUCAGAACCCACCUGCGAGUCCACACUGGCGAGAAGGCCUUCAGUUGUACUGAGUGCGAUAAGACAUUUUCCCGAAGCCAUCAUCUCCAGUCACAUCUCAAAACCCACAGCGGGGAAAAGCCGUUCGAGUGUUCCGUGUGCAACAAGAAAUUUGCGUGGCGUGAAGGACUGCGCAGCCAUCUGAGGAGGACCCACACCACCGGACUGAAACCGCACCAAUGUCACGUCUGCCACAAGAAGUUUGCGACGAGUGGCGAACUGCGAACGCAUGACCGCGUCCAUACCGGAGAGAAGCCCUUUGCGUGUACGGAGUGCGGUAAGAAAUUUGCACAAAGUAGCUACCUGCAGUUGCACGUUCUGACUCACACAGGAGAGAGGCCGUACGAAUGCACCGUGUGCAACAAGAAAUUUACCCAAAGUACUCAUCUACGUACGCACCAUCGAACCCAUACAGGAGAGAAGCUGUUUGAGUGCACUGUCUGUAAGAAGAAAUUUUCUCAAGGUGGUUAUUUACGUGUCCAUCUUCGCAUCCACACAGGAGAAAAGCCUUUCGAGUGCAAGGAGUGUGGAAGGAAAUUUAGUCGAGCAGGACCACUAAAAGGUCAUAUGCGAACCCACACAGGGGAGAAACCGUAUGAGUGUACUGUGUGCGAUAAAAAGUUUGCUGAUCGUACAGGUCUGCGAUCGCACCUUCGAAUCCACACAGGAAAUAUAGGUGAGAAGCUCUUCUCAUGCGAUCAGUGUGACAAGAAGUUUUACCGAAGCGAUCAUCUCCGAGCACAUCUGAGAACCCAUAUCGGGGAAAAACCGUUCGAGUGUGCUUUGUGCAACAAGAAAUUCGCCCAGAGCAGCGGACUGCACACACAUCUGGCAACUCACACGGGAGUAAAGUCGGCUGAGUGUACGGUGUGCAAUCAGAAAUACGCUUCAAGCUAUUUGCGUAUACAUAUGCGAAUCCACACUGGGGAGAAGCCGUUCCAGUGCACGGAGUGUGACAUGAAAUUUACGCACAGUAAUAUUUUUCGGGAGCAUAUGCGUAAGCACAGAGGCGAGAAGUUGGAGUUUGAGUGUACUUUGUGCAACAACAAAUUUGCUUCAAAAGGUUAUUUACGUCUGCAUCAGCAAAUCCACACUGGGGAGAAGCCGUUCGAGUGCACCGUGUGCAGCAAGACGUUUUCGCGAGGUUUUACUCUGCGUAAUCAUCUCAAGACCCAUUUACAGGCUGUGUAAGCAAGCUGCGUGCGCGCAUGUGUAAUGUUUUGUGAACACAAAUAAUAUUGCCGUCGUUGUAUGAAAGGGAAUAUUUUCCCCCAAAGGAGGAGAGGCCAUUGGCAAUUAAUUGUAUUUAAUGAUGCAGUCGUAUCAAACAAUUGAAAUAAGUAGUUCUCUUGUAGUGGCUUUCUGGAUAAAAAAAAUGCUAGUACUCAUUCUUUUUCUGAUUGGUGGUUUUAAGAAAAAAAGGAAAUGUGUGAUUGUUUUUUGUUUUUUUUUAAAUAAAAUUUUAAAAGGUUCCUAAUAUUGUCUUCUUCUUGUCAUCUUACUAAUUGUUCAUAUUUUUAAAGUUUUCUUUUUAUUUUAAUUAUGUAAUUGGAUACGACUUACGUACCCUUUAAUGUUUUCAUUGUCUUAGGAAAUGUAAUUUGAUGUGCGUUUAUCUCCGUUUUUGUACUUUGUGUAACUUGCAUGAGUUUUAAGACAAUUGUCCUUGGUGUAUCAUGCAAAUGUUUUAUUGUAAUUUUACCAAUUUACUCAUGUAUAGUUAUGUGACUCGUGUGUGUUGAGAAUACUGCAAAAUAUGUGACAAAUACAGCACAAAUGAGUCAAUCGUAUUACUCUUUCUCCUUCCUCUUCCGAAUGAAGGCGAUUUGUAUGUAAAUUUACACUUUCUCUGGAGAGGGUUUUUGGGGGAGACUGGGGUGUCGGUAACUACAACGUGAAUCUAGCCUGGGAAUGGUUUGAAAACUUUGCGUUCUGUGCUUUAGCACGAGAUCGAAGGUCCGGUGAUAAGUAUUGACAAGACGACGCUGACGCAGCUCCAAACAACAAACCUAACACAGCGGGGCUCAUAGAAAAGAACAAUACCGAUAGCAUGAGGAAACCAUUGCACUUAAUUCUCAUUUCAUUGGAAGAAACCCCAGCACUAUCUAAUCUUGCUCCUAGAAAAUUUGCUUAGUGACUACUAGUAGUUUUGUGAUGCAACUUAUUAAGAAACUCUCUAGUAUUACCAUACUAAAACGUUUUCCCAGUGAGGCCGGUUUAAGGAAAGCUAUUAGUACACAAUACUGGAAGACAGUUUUGUACUUCUCAAGAAUGUCUUGUUAAGUUAACCACAUCACAAAACUUCAGUAGUUAACAGGCAAAUUGAGUGAAGUGUAGACCGUAUUUUGCGGGUUAGACAGCAGGU